AUGCUAACCGCUGUCUGUGGCUCUCUGGGCAGCCAGCACACCGACGCGCCUCACGCAUCACCGCCGCGCCUCGAUCUGCAGCCUCUCCAGACGUACCAGGGUCACACGAGCCCUGAGGUCGGGGACUACCCCUCCCCGCUGCAGCCCGCAGAGCUGCAGAGCCUCCCACUGGGCCCGGAGGUAGACUUCUCACAGGGCUAUGAGUUGCCAGGGGCCUCCUCGCGGGUAACCUGCGAGGACCUGGAAAGUGACAGUCCCUUGGCUCCGGGACCCUUUUCCAAACUCCUGCAGCCGGACAUGUCACAUCAUUACGAAUCGUGGUUCCGGCCGACUCACCCAGGCACGGAGGAUGGCUCGUGGUGGGACCUACAUCCCGGCACUAGCUGGAUGGACCUCCCCCACACUCAAGGAGCGCUGACCUCACCUGGCCACCCGGGGGCGCUUCAGCCUGGUUUGGGAGGAUACGUCGGAGACCACCAGCUCUGUGCUCCGCCGCCCCAUCCGCACCCGCACCACCUCCUCCCAGCCGCGGGUGGGCAGCACCUCCUAGGGCCACCCGACGGGGCUAAGGCCUUGGAAGCGGCGGCGCCAGAGUCCCAAGGGCUGGAUUCCAGUCUGGAUGCGGCGGCCCGACCCAAAGGCUCCCGGCGGUCUGUGCCCCGCAGCUCUGGGCAGACCGUAUGUCGCUGCCCCAACUGCCUGGAGGCGGAGCGACUCGGGGCUCCGUGCGGGCCCGAUGGGGGCAAGAAGAAGCAUUUGCACAACUGCCACAUCCCAGGCUGCGGGAAAGCCUAUGCCAAGACGUCGCAUCUGAAGGCGCACCUGCGGUGGCACAGCGGCGACCGUCCCUUCGUGUGCAACUGGCUUUUCUGUGGCAAGCGCUUCACGCGCUCCGACGAGCUGCAGCGCCACCUUCAGACCCACACCGGGACCAAGAAGUUCCCCUGUGCGGUCUGCAGCCGAGUCUUCAUGCGCAGCGACCACCUGGCCAAGCACAUGAAAACCCACGAGGGCUCCAAAGAGGAGGCUGCGGCGGCGGCCCAGGGCGAGGCCAAGGCGGGCGGCACGGUGGAGCCACCCGGGAGCAAAGGCAAACGGGAGGCCGAAGGCAGCUCGGCGCCCUCCAACUGAGCCCCCGUGGAUGUCUCAUCCCUGCCGAUCUUUUUAGGGGGGCGGCCUGAGGAAGAGGGGAAGGUGGUUAUUUAUUGAUGGUGAGGGGACAGGGAGAGGGGCGCUAGGGUUUUUUGUUUUUUAGUUUCUGGGGCUAGAAGGGAGGCUAUUUGAGUGUUUAGGCUGCCAGGAGCUAACGUGCCCCUCGCUUAUUUUCUUUCUCACUAUUUCACCCUCCCCUGAGUUGCGGAAGCGUUAGGAUGGAGCACUCCUUCUGUGUGGAGGGAUUGGCUAGGAGAAAUAUCACGUCCCAGGAGCUGAAGGGAAGAGAGACUGGCUUGGGGCGUUGGGGGUAGCUGUCUGGACUCGUCUUUAGCUACUGGGAACCCGGACAUAAAAGCACCUCGGAGCCGCCCUAAGGCCUAGGUCCCUUUCAUCCCCCUGCUAGCGCUUCUCCCUCUAAAGUUUCCAGAGAGAGGGCAGAGAUGAGGUAGGGGAGCCUGGGGUGGCUCCUCUUACGGGGCUGUCUAUCUAACUUGGAGGGUUGUUCCGACAGAACAAACCCCCUUCAAUGAAUUCCUUAUAAACCCUUCUGAUUCAGUCUACGAGAGUCAGGGAAGGCACAGCUUCGUAGCCAGAGCUGUGAGCUAGAGGUCAGAGUUACAUGGGGAGAGGGAUCCAGCAGGGAGGUCCUCUUACAAAAUUGGAAGAAGUUUGACAUGGGGGAGGGGGGCGGGGAAUGAAAGAACUAACCGCUUCUUUUUCCAACUCUAAUUCAGUCCUUAACUCUUAGACCUUUAAAAAGAACUCAAAUUCAGUAGUUCCCAUUCUUCACCCAAUACCCUAGGUAGUUUUCUAGUCAGCCACCAGCACCAACUCCAGAGUUGGCAUGGACUCCCCUACCCCACCCCACCCUCAGGUCCCUAUCCUUAGCUUUCUCGGUGGGGUUGGAAGGGAAAGGGGUCCUUUGACUGUUUGGGGUUGUCCUAGCAGAGGGAUUACAGUGAAGACACUGCCCCUGUCUGAACUCCCCCAUCCCUCUCUUUAGCUUUAGUUUGACCCUUUCAUGUUCCCUCCACUAUUAUAGAGUCCUCCCCUUCUCCCCCCCCCCCCGUGGGAAUUCUCCUUCCACAUGAAGAGUUCUCCCCUAGAAGGGACUCUAGGAAGCUGUUUCUUUUCCCUUUCUUAGAUGCUAGAGAUACAUUAGGGUUUUGAUCACAGGGUGGGGAGGGUAGAUUUCUGCCUGGCAGACCACAGGACCUUGGGGCUGGAGGCACACUCAGGUUUGAGGCCGAGGCCUUGAGUCCCUUCGACCUCUCUCUUGCUUUCUUCUCUCCACCCAGAACCCUCUGCAGGGAAUAGCUGUGUGUUGAUUUUUAAGUUAUAAGCAAUGGGUAUUUUAUUUAAUAAUUUUAGGGUGUGAGUGUGUAUGUGUGUGUUGUCUGUACCUGUAUGUAUGUAUGUGUUUCUCUACUGAGCCUGGGGUCUCCUGAGAUCCCAUCUUGUAAACCCCGUCCAAGGUCUGGGGCCUAGACCCACAGUAUCUCUUCCUCCACUGGGGAUGCUAGAGCCCAGUUCAAGGACUGGGAACUGUAUGGGAAGUAGGGGCUGGGAUCUGGGUAGGAAUAUGUGUUUGUGUAGAAAGAGCUCCUCCUUAAAAGGGACAGGGUGACUCCCUGUGGGAUGUUAGGGGCCUGAGGUAGUUUAAGAAUAAGGUUCUUUCUGUGUUCUCCCUCUUUUCCUCACCUCCUGCUAACCUAAGCCAGAGGUCCCCUUUCUUACAAAGAGGACAGAGAGAGAGAGGAAAGCUGGCCAUGCCUGCAGGUCGCCUGGCUAGGUAGGCACAGAGGGGGAGAAAGAAGGGCACCGUGGGUGUGGGAUGCUCUCUCCUCCACCCAUCGAAACCAGCCACCCUCUCCCUGUGCUACCAAGACAACUUUUUCCAGUGACCAUUCUUAGGGGAACUCCUACAUGGGUGUGGGGGGCAUGGAUGGUCCCCCACUCUGAACCCUAAGAUCUGCAGGCGGGGCUUUGGAUAGUUUUUAUCUGCCCUGUUCUUCAUCAGCCUAGGUUUCUCAGCUGCCUGUCCUUCUAGGCAGCCCCCCCAGAGGAAAAUGUAGGAUUUUUUUUUCUUUUACUGCUGUGAACCCACUUGGGGGGUGGGGAGGAGGAGGCAGAAACAGCCUGUGUUUUUUAUGCGACAAUAAAGUC